AUAUUAGUGCAGAACACUGUACCUUUAAUUUAAAUGCCCUUGGAGUCUGCUGGGGAAGAGAAAUAAUACUGUCAGUCAGUUAAUGACAUGCAGAUGAGUGCCGUCGAUCUUAGAUCACCGCACACUUCACUCAUUUGGCCAGUCACUGGGGCCAAAACCAGUGUUUGGAGCCACAGAGUGUGGCGGUGGACGGCAGCAGCAAUGGGAGGCCAUACAGCAACCUAUGACAAAAAUGGAAACCAGCAGGAGUGUGAGGAGACCUCAAAGUGGCACAUGGCAGAGUGUGGCGAUGGAGACAGCAGCAAUGGGAGGCCGUACAGGGACCCAUGAGAGACUCUGGAAUUGGCAGCAGCAUGAGGAGGCGGUUAUAGGGGCCCAUGGCAGAUUAUGGGCCUGGCCAGCAGCUAUGGGAGGCCCGUAAUCUCUGCCAGCACCCUUAUGACAAAAAAUUGGAACCCCACCAGCAAGUGUGAGGAGACCUGAAAGUGGCACAU